UAGGUGGCAUUGAGAAUAAAAACAACCAAGUAGAUUUGAGUCUAAACAUUAAGCCUGAGCACUGGAUGUGCCUGCGGGUUUUUCCACAGGACAGAGAAACUUGGAGGGAAGGAGGUAAAGACAGUAUCUGGUACACAGUAUGCUCUAUAAAAUAUGGAUUUGAUAAAUCUAUCCUCUUGGGUGGGUUUUCAUUUUCUUCUAUUUUCAUGUCUCCACAGAUCUGGUCUGUUCUCUCUUCCAAUUGGUUGUCUUUGUCACUGGCACUAAGGUUCUAGGUCUUGAGAGAAAAUAAGUGAUGGGAAUCAGAAUUCUAGCCCUUUUUCCUGCUCUUCCUCCUGCUCUGUCUUCUUCCUCUCCUUGUUAUUUGUUCCCAUCCUUGAUGUCCUCUGCCUCCUCCUCCUCCUCCCCUUUUGAAAAUGGAGUCAUGCUGUAAAUGGUCUAUUUAAGCAAGGAGGAACUACAAAGGUUCAAGCAGCUUUUAGUGGAUGAGAACCCCAGACCUGGCUCUGUCCAGAUCACCUGGGACCAGGUGAAGACAGCCAGAUGGGGGGAGGUGGUUCAUCUCUUGAUGGAGUACUUCCCUGGACGACUGACUUGGGAUGUGACUUGUGACAUCUUUGCCAAGAUGAACCAGACAGAACUGUGUCUUCAGGUACAGAUGGAGCUAAAUGACAUUCUACCCAGACUGGAGCCAGCAGACACAAACCCAAGAGAAAUGCCAAUGAGUAUGGAGGAAAGAGAAUCUGAUAAAAUACAAGAGUACAAACUGCACGUGAUCGAUGAGUGUUCCACAACAUGUAGCAAGACCACUUGGCCUGGGAACCAUGUAGACUUCUUCUACCAAGAAAUAGAGAGACACAAGAGGUUCUUACCGUGCCUGUUUCUUCCCAGAAGACCUCAAGGGAGACAGCCCAUGACUGUGGUCCUACAGGGAGUUGCUGGGGUUGGAAAAACAACGCUAGCCAAAAAGGUGAUGUUGGAGUGGGCACAAAACAAGUUCUACCCCCAUAAGUUCUGGUGUGCUUUCUACAUCCAUUGCCGGGAAGUGGCCCAGGUGGCCAAGCAGAACUUCUCGGAGCUGAUUGCCCAUAAAUGGCCAGGGUCAAAAGCUCUCAUGUCCAAGAUUAUGUCCAAACCGGACCAACUUCUGCUCCUCUUUGAUGGCUUUGAGGAGGUAACAUUGACCCUCACAGAUAGACCAACUGACCUGAGUGAGGACUGGAGCCAGCAAUUGCCUGGGUCUAUCCUGCUGACCAGUUUGCUGAGCAAAAGAAUGCUUCCUGAAGCCACUAUACUGAUCACUCUGAGGUUCACGUCUCGGAGGAAACUUAAGCCCUUCCUAAAACAGCCCUCUUUUAUAACCCUUACAGGGUUGGGUAUGGCAGAAAGAGGCAAGUAUUUCAGGACCUAUUUCGGAAACAAGAGGGAAGCUGAUGAAGCCUUGAGUUUCGUCAUGGGAAACACGGUUCUCUUGUCCAUGCGCCAGGUCCCUGUGGUUUGCUGGAUGGGGUGCUCUUGUCUGAGGCAGCAGAUGGAGAGAGGAGCAGAUCUCAGGCAGGUGUAUCCAAACGCCACGGCUCUAUUCGUCCAGUAUCUGUCUAGCUUAUUUCCCACCAAGGCUGGAGGACUUCCCGGCAACACUCACCAAGAACAGCUGAGAGGUCUGUGUUACUUGGCUGCAGAGGGUAUGUGGAACAUGAAAUGGGUGUUUGACCCAGAAGACCUGGAGCACGCCAAGCUGGAGGAGACCGCCAUUGCCACUUUUCUCCGUGUGAAUAUUUUUCAAAGGGUUGCAGGUGACCAAGACUGUUACACUUUUGCCUUCAUGAGCUUCCAGGAAUUCUUUGCUGCCUUGUGGUACGUCCUCUCCUCCCCGCAAAGACUCAGAAAUUUCCAGGUGUUGGACAGCGUUCAUGUCAUGCGCCUGAUAGCCUACCCCAGAAGAAAGAAAAACUAUCUCGCUCCGAUGGGGCUUUUCCUGUUUGGCCUUUUAAAUGAAACGUGUGCUUUAGCCGCGGAGAAGUCAUUCCGAGGCAAGCUGACCUUGAGUAACAGAAAGAAGUUGUUGAAAGUUGCAGCCCUGUCACAUGAAUUUGGCCCCCCAACCCCACACCACUGCGUCCCACAGCUAUUGUCCUGUCUGCAUGAAACCCAGGAGGAGGCAUUUGUGAGCCAGAUCCUAAAUGAUUGUCAGAAAGCUGCUUUGACCAUCAGCAAGGUCAAAGACAUGCAGGUGUCUGCUUUUUGUCUGAAGCACUGUAGACACCUGUGGUGUCUGGAACUGACCAUCACCCUGACUGUCACCCAAGUUUGGAGGCUCAACCGACCAAGCCACCCAGGCUCUGAGCUACCAGAAAGCAGCGAUCAGUGUUUUCUAUGGUGGUGAGACUUCUGCUCUGUGUUUUGGACACACGAGAGUUUGGAAGUCCUGGCUGUGACAAACACUUUUAUGGAGACUGAUUCAGCGAGGGCUCUUCAUGCAGCUCUGAGACACCCUCGAUGUCCACUGCAAAAACUAAUCUUUAGACAUGUGAAUCCCUCCAUGUUGAAUGAAGACUUCUUCCAAGUUUUGAUUGAAAACCGGUAUAUGAGACACUUGGAAAUACAAGGCAUAGAAGUGAGAUGUGAGACCACGGAGUUUCUGUGCACAGCCUUGAAGUACCCACAGUGUUAUCUACAGCCUCUCAGCCUGGAAGACUGCCCACUUAACCCUAAAAGUUAGAUUGAUAUUGCCAGGCAUCUCAGAAGUAACAUACACUCAAAGACACUAAUAUUAGGAAGUAGCUACCUGGAGACAUUUGGGGAAUAUUACCUGUCCGUGGCCCAGCUGGAGAGGCUGUCAUAAAUCUUUCUGUUGGAGAAUUGUGACCUCACGCUGCUUUCUUGUACAAGUCUUAUUUCUUCCCUCAAGAGAAACGAGAACCUGACCCAUCUGAGCUUGGCAGAAAAUGCCUUGAAAGACGAAGGAGCAAAACAGCUUUGCAGUGCCUUACAGCACUCUUCAUGCCCUCUACAGAGGCUGGUGCUGAGAAACUGUAACCUGACCUCCAAGUGCUGUCAGGAAAUGUCCUCUGCUCUGGAUAAAAAUAAAAAUUUGAGAAGCCUGGACCUGGGUUUUAGCAGUCUGAAGGACGAUGGUGUUAUCCUGCUCUUUGAGGCCCUCGAGAAUCCUGAGUCUGUCCUCCAGAUUCUGGAAUUAAGUGCCUGCCUAUUCACCUGUGUCUGUUGCCAGGCUAUGGCCUCCAUGCUCCUCCACAACCAGAGCCUGAGAUACCUGGACGUGAGCAAGAAUGACAUCGGGUGCAGGGGCAUAGUGCUCCUGCAGGAGGCUUUUCAGCAGCGCAAGUGGAAAGCGAGGGCUGUUUUGGAAACGAAGCAGAACUAUGCAGCAGAGACAAUGACAAGGCUGGAGGGCCCAGCUGUGAAGAAUGAAGUCCUGAGGAUCAUACAGGACUGGAGCAUUGAGUACUGGGAGGAGGCAAGAUGGAUGGAGUGAUCUGGUGACCCCACCCUGGGUAUCUUUUUCCUAGAGAAAACCUGGUUAAUUUUGGCCUAUUCUGUGGGCCAUUCUGAGUCUGGAAUGGCCCAAUUGUUUCUGGAAAAUGGUGUGGGGCAUGACCUCUAAACUGCUCCCUUGGAGAUGUUGACGUUCAUGUGUUAGACAUGGAUUAGUCACUGAGUUGGGGAAACCAGCCCUCUUCCACCCCUGGCUUCUGGAAGUCCUUGAAUUUGUCAUGUUAAUAUUGUCUCUGGGAAGUAUCUGAAUUGCUUAUGAGGAUAUCAGAAGAAUUUAAUUAAAAAUGUAUACAUAAAUGCAAUGUGAAA